ACGAGUGACAGAGAGGAGGGUUGUGUUUGUGUAGGUAAACAAUGCGGCUGUUUCUUGGUUAAACGUGAGUUUUUUUGUUUUUUGUUUUUGUUAUUUUCUUAUAACUAGAGACACACUUCAGUAGUUUUGCCGUGAGCUUUCGCAAAUGAAGACUAUAAUUGUUGGAGUUGGUGGGGUGACCAAUGGAGGAAAAUCUACCCUCUCCCAAUUUCUUCACCAGAAAAUACACAACAGCAGCAUCAUUGCUCAGGAUACGUAUUUUAAAGAUGACUUUGUUGUACCAUUGGACAGUAACGGCUUCAAGCAAUAUGACACGCUUGAUGCUCUUCACAUGGAGGAGAUGAUGAAGGAGGUUUACUCCUGGAGAAAAGACCCUCAUGAGUUCCUGAGGCGGCGGGGCCUGAUAGCCAAAGACUCAUCCGCCGAUGACGAACUUUACAUUCUGAUAGUGGAAGGUUUCCUCAUUUUCAACCACAGGCCUUUAAAUGAGAUGUUUGACAUGAGAUAUUUUUUGGAAAUACCUUAUGACGUCUGUAAGAAGAGACGGAGCAUGAGGGUGUAUGCGCCUCCAGACCCUCCAAACUACUUUGAUGGAUACGUGUGGCCGAUGUACCUUCAAAACCGCGAGGAGAUGGAGAGAAUCACUUCAGAAAUUGGUGCUGCAUGUUUAUCCUGUUUUUGCAGUUUUUCUGGAUGGUCUGAAGCCAAAGGACGAGGUUUUAGCUGCUGUUUAUGAAGACAUUCGUAAAGAAAUAGCCAGACUCCAGGGACAAAGCUGAUGUGAUCGACAUUUAUCUGGAUGUCUUCUAAUGGAGUGAUGUGAGACUGAAAGGACCAACCAUUUUAUUGGUGCUGUUUCAAAGACUUUUGGUUACUGUUGAUUUUGAUCUCCUUUAAAUGGGUUUGUUUCAACACUUUAUGCAGAUGCUUCAUCCCACAGACUUAAGGUUUUCCCACCUUAGAAUUUCAUUAUUGCAAAAGAAAAAGUGAUGUUCACUUAAAAUGUUACUGCUUUCAGUAAGGUGGAUUAUAAUUGCUUUAAAAAGACUCUUAAAAAGGUGCUUAUGAGAAGAAACUGAUCAAAUAUUGUCUAUUGUUCUUCUUCUGUUGCCUGAAGCUGACAUUUUUACCAUCAGUUAGUGGAUUUUACAAAAACAUUAACUUUGUUUCACACUGGAACCUUGUUUUUGUACUGACAUGAUCUCAAAAAUGUUCAACAUAUAUCAAAAAAUUGUAUUGCAGCUCUGUAAUAUCAGCUUGUAAUCCUUUUAUCUUGCUAUCAUCCGUGAGAUUGGUUUAAUGUUUGACUAUUGAAUCAAUAAAAUUCACCAGUCUUGAAUUUAUGAGCCUAUAAAGCAUUAAAGAUUCACCCAGCUUUAUUCUAAAACUGAGAUUACAUUCCCUUGGAUGUUUUUUGAAAGCAAAAUAAAAUGUAAAAAAUGCUGACCAAAUUAUAACAAUUACUCUUUUUGAUAUAAAAAGUAGCUAAUUAAAGCUUUUAAUUAUUUGGUGGUUCAUAUUUCCAGCAUGAUAUUUGUCUGAUUAUUUUAGAUCAGUUUUAAUUCAUGUUUCUGUUCCAUUGUCAAUGCUUGUUUUUGAAAAAUACAUUAAUGUCUACAGUAAA